AUGGCCGGCAAUAAUCCCCGAGUGCGUCGGUACAGAACUCUCGAGCUGAUUGUGCGGAUGCCCAACGGCGGAGAGGACCCUUUCUUCGCAACAAUGGACACUGGCGCCGACCUCAGCCUAAUGACUUUAGCUGCAGCCAAGGUGCUGGGGUAUGAACCCAGUGACCGAAACAGUGGCACUGUGUUGACAGGCAUGGAAGGGCAUAAGGCUAUCUCCUUAGGGACGGUUCAGAUCCCGUUCAAGCUCCGGUGCGAUAGCAAAGAACGAUCGAGCGAGUUCCAUGUUGUGCACGACCUGGCUGGACACAAAGCCCUUCUGGGCGUGCAGCUGAUCAUGGAGCUGGAUCACCUUCCUCGACCUCCUUGUCAGAAAUGCGAGGAUGCCGUACUCAGUAGCGCCUCGCCCCGACCGGUGUAGGGGGGG